CUGUAAAGCUAGCUAAAAGUCAAAACUGUCAGGUCGGUCUGCCUGAAGCUGGAGGAAGUUAAUCUGUAACUAUCUGGGAGUAUUACGUUUGCUCCUCAUCCAUAAUCAACAUGAGUGAUCCUUGGCAAGAGUGUAUGGACUAUUGUUUGGAGGUCACCAGAAAGGCUGGACAGAUGAUCCGCGAGGCUCUUCAGAAGGACAUCGCCGUCAUGCAGAAGAGCUCACCAGUUGACCUGGUGACCGAGACGGACCAGAAAGUGGAACAGCUCAUUAUAUCCUCCAUCAAGGAAAAGUACCCGACUCACAGCUUCAUAGGUGAGGAGUCAGUCGCAGCAGGUGCUCCCAGUGUUCUCACCGACAAUCCCACGUGGAUCAUCGACCCGAUUGAUGGCACCACCAACUUUGUUCACAGGUUCCCAUUUGUGUCUGUAUCAAUCGGCUUCACUGUGAAGAAAGAGAUAGAGUUUGGGAUUGUGUACAGCUGUAUCGAGGAUAAAAUGUACACAGCACGGAAAGGAAAAGGAGCAUUCCGCAAUGGAGAGCCCAUCAAAGUGUCUGGACAAGAAGAUAUCAGCCAAUCUCUGGUCCUGACAGAAAUGGGCUUCAAGAAGGAUCCUGAGCAUUUCAAGACAAUGCUGGCCAACAUCAGGGCCAUCCUCACCAUCCCUGUGCACGGUAUCCGCUCCCCGGGCAGUGCAGCGGUCAACAUGUGUCUGGUGGCGUGCGGAUCGGCUGAUGCUUACUACCACAUGGGCAUCCACUGCUGGGACAUGGCUGGAGGAGCUGCGGUUGUUACCGAAGCUGGAGGAGUUAUCAUGGACAUUUCAGGUGGACCGUUUGAUCUCAUGUCUCGCAGGCUGAUUGUCGCCAGCAGCAGAGCCAUCGCUGAGCGCAUCGCCAAGGAGGUAACACAGUUUCACGUUGGUAGGGAUGACACAGAUGGCUAGUAAAUAUCAUCACCUCCUCUACCAACUUUACACGUAUUUAAUCAUAGACUGUUUUGUAUUUAACAAGUCAUAAUUCAGUCUUUGCCUUAAGAACCAAACGAUAAACUUACCUCUGGAGAACAAAACGAGUUUGUUGGCGCUUAAGACUUUCAGGCAUCUUUCUGCUGUCUUGUUGUAUUUCUGCACUUAGCCAUUCACAGAUCCAGACUUUAUUUCUUUUGUAACUUAUUUGGACAGUAAUUAUAUGGUUUGUGAUUAAGGCAUUAUGUCUGUAUGUUCAAAUAUACACUUUUUUUACUCUGUUGUUGUUAAAGUCAGCCAUAUUUUAGUAUUUAUGAUAUCAAAUCACAGAUAAAGUACUUCCUUACAGCACCAUUUAAGUAACUGUAGAUUAAUUUUGUUCGGUUUUGACCAAUAAUACUGUUUUUCCUUGUAAGAUUUUAUCUUAGGUGAUUGUAUUUAGCUGAAUUGAUUAAAAUACACAUUUGUUUACCCAGUAAAACAUUUUUUUAGUGCCAUCACUUCUUUGCAAUGUAGUCAAAGGGGACCUAUUACGCCUCUCCUUAUUUUUUGUCAUAAUAUUACAAUGUUGGAUGUUCAUGUUAAAUGUGGCCAAAGUUUCAAAUAAUGAGGUAAACAUAUGUAAAAGUCUCUGUUGGCAAAACUCUCAGGCUUCAAACCAUUCUGAAUACUCCGUUUCCCAUGUUUUUUAUUCUACUUCGGCCACAAUCAGACGUCCCCUCGUGAUGGAUUUCUUUUUAUGGUUGACUGCUCCAGGCACGCUACUGCCUUCACUGCUACAUGUAGCUACAUGCUAGCGUCAGGGAAACAUCGAAACUUGGUUGCCGAUGUUAAUUUGUCCCAGAUUUUGGAUCAUAUUUGUGCUGUCUGGUUGUGUGUAGAAGCUUUUAUUGGUGAUUUUUAAAUGAAAAAAAACAGCUCCUUCCUCCCACUGUACAAAAAUGAAGCCAAAAUAUCCUGGAUGCAGCUGAUGCCAUCAUGUCCUGGUGACCUCAUGCAGAGCCAGAGUGUGUGUAGUAGCAAUUUUCACGAGCACAGCGGUUCACAUACAAAGCUGUGAAUCAUGACGUCACACUUGCUUUCUGUAGAAAUAAAAACUACUUAA